AUGGGGAUGAAAUUCUCAAGACAAGGUUCUUCAAAGUCCAAGAAGAUUGGUGGUCCUAAUCGCUGUGACAAAAUGUUCAACUAUGUCACAUCAUCCUUCUUCCUUCGAAAUCUGGUAUCAAAAAGCCGGAGGCGCAUGCUAGUAGCUGGAUAUGAUCUAGACAUGUCAUAUAUCACAAACCAUUUGUUGGCAAUGUCAUACCCGGGCGAGCAUGUGCGAGCAAUGUAUCGAAACCCUCUUUGGCAGGUGAAGCAUGUACUGGAUAUGAGACAUCCAGGUCGGUACAAGGUUUACAACCUAUGCAUUGAAGAAAACUAUGAUCCGGCACAUUUUCAUGGACGCGUGGAGGUUUAUCCAUUUGAUGACAACCAUGUUCCUCCUCUGGCAAUGAUCAAGCUUUUUUGUGAAAGUAUAUAUUCAUGGCUCUCAAAUGAUCCAGAGAAUAUUGUUGUCGUCCAUUGUAUGGCUGGCAAAGGUCGGACUGGCUUAAUGGUUUGUGCUUAUCUUGUUUAUAGCGGGAUGACUGUAGAUGAAGCACUUCAGUUGUAUGCUCAUAGAAGGACUACUAACAAUGAAGGGGUUUCAAUACCAAGUCAAAGGCGUUAUGUGAGGUACUGGUCUCAGGUGCUGUCAUUCCACAAAGAUAAGCUUCGUGGACCUCCCACUGUUAAUUUGCCUGAAACAGUUACCAGAGAAUUGCGCCGAAUUCGCCUAUAUGACACCAUCAACAUUAACUCUGUGUUCUUUGUUGUCAUGGAAAUGCAAGAUGUUCCCAACCAACUCUACCGUCCUUCAAUAGAAGUUGCAAAAGGUUGUUGCAGAGAAGUAAAACAAGGAUAUCACAGAAACCCCAGUCCUCGCUAUUACCUCUCCUAUGUUGAUGAUGGCAAUGAUACAGAUCAAACUGAACACGUGUCUCCUCGUGUUGUGAUGCAGAUGGAUACUGAAAGAUCCGCUUUUUACCAGAAGAAAUGCAUCGAUUACUACUUUGAAAGCCCUUUAAAAGUGUCAGGAGAUGUGAGAGUCAUUUUCUAUGAAAAGUUGAUUGGUAGUCGCCUUUUUUACGUGUGCUUUAAUACAGCUUUCAUUAAAGGCAGCUUGAUGCAGUUUUCAGUUCGAGAUCUGGACAAAGUUGGCAAUAAGGGUAAAUUCAUAUGUGGCCAAUCCUUCUGUUUGGAGCUCUUCUUUGGUCCAGCUAAUGCAGUAUAAAAGUAAUAAUGAAUAUAUUUAUGUUUUUUCUCAAGCAGUUCACAGUAUUACUUUCUUCUAUGUCAUUAAAAUCGGUUAUCUGCUACCUCAGUAAUCUUCCUUCUGAAAAUUUUUUGUUGGCUUUGGAAGCUGAAGGCAUAGUGGUUGCAGAAAUUGA